GUCGAUGAUUCACGGCGGAGUAACGGCAGAGGAGCGGCGGGGACCGAGCGGAGCGCACCGCCAUGGGGGCGAGCCGGGUCUCACUGUGGCUGACAUGGGUUUGUCUCGUGCAGAGCUCCGCGAUGUUGUCUCACGUGGACAGAUACGAGGUGGUCAGACCUCAGAGGCUUCCGGGCAGACAGAAGAGGAGCCUGCGGGACAACCAGCUUUAUCCUGAUGUGCUUCGGUACGAGUUGGCCGUUGAAGGGAGGAACCACAAGAUCCAUCUGGAAAAAAACAGGAAUCUUAUAGGGGGAGACUUCACUGAAACACAGUAUUCAGAAGAUGGACAACGGGUGACGACGAAACCGAAUGAGGAGCUCUGCUACUAUCACGGCCACAUCGAAGGCAUGGAGGACUCCGCGGUCAGUGUUGGGAUUUGUUCGGGCAUCAGCGGCUUCGUGAGGGCCCGGCAGCAGGUGUACCUGAUCGAGCCUCUGGGACAGUCUGAGGAUGGCGACCACGCAGUGUACAGACAGGAGGACCUGAAGGUCAGCGGCAGGCCUGGCUGCGGCUCUUCGUCCAACACCAGCACACCGUACGACCGGGAUCGGGGCCCUGCGCUCGCCGGCCUCUUCAGGUCCAGAUCAUGGAAAUCUGAAGCCCUCGCAGGUCCGCAGAGGUUUGUCGAGCUGUUUGUGGUGGUUGACAGCGCUGAGUAUCAGCGAUACGGAAGCAAGACCAAAUCCCGUAUCCUCGGAGUUGUAAAUCACGUCGACAAGCUGUAUCGACCUCUGAACAUCCGAGUCAUGCUGGUGGGGUUGGAGAUUUGGACGUACAGAGACUACAUUGAUGUCGAUAUUAAUUCGGAGACGACGCUGGACAAUUUCCUCCUGUGGCGCCAGGCCGACCUCCUGCAGAGGAUGAAGCACGACACCGCCCAGUUUGUGACUGGCAAAGACUUCGAUGGAGAUACGGUUGGCCUGGCUAAUAAGUUUGCCAUGUGCACUGAAAACUCAGGCGGAGUCAAUCAGGAUCACCAUGACAACCCGAUAGGCCUCGCCUCCACCAUCGCUCACGAGAUGGGACAUAAUUUUGGUUUGUCCCACGAUGCCGCAGGCUGUGUGUGCGGCCCGUCUUACAGCAGUGGGAACUGUGUGAUGGCAGACAAGCUCAGGACAGGAAAUCAAGCGUUCCCCAGGUUUUUCAGCGACUGCAGCGUGGAGCAGCUGGCCGAGUUCAUGGAGCGAGCUCAGCCCAGCUGCUUGUCCAAACCACCGAGCUCCGUUCAGACCGUCGCCGUGGUCCCUCGCUGUGGCAACGGGCUGCUGGACCCUGGAGAGGAGUGUGACUGUGGCACGGCGGAGGAAUGCAAGAACACGUGUUGUGAUGCCUCAACUUGCCGCCUGACUGAAGGAUCCCAGUGUGCUCAUGGACAAUGCUGUGACAGCUGCCAGUUCAAGGCGGCUGGAAGUGUGUGCAGAAAGUCGGCCAGCGGCUGUGACCUGCCUGAAUACUGCAGCGGGGCGUCGGAGGACUGUCCCGAGGACAGCUUUGAGAUGAACGGUAAACCCUGCUACAACCAGGCGCAGGGCUACUGCUACAACGGCCAGUGUCCCACCCACGAGCAGCACUGCUGGAGGCUGUUCGGACCAGGCACCAAAGUCGGAUUAGACAUGUGCUUUGAUCUGAACAAACGGGGCGAAGAAGGCGCCAACUGCGGGAGGAACAAGUUCGGCUACACCCCCUGUUCAACAGCGAAUCGUAAGUGUGGAUCUAUCUUUUGUGGAGGAGGGGGUGAGUCCAUCACAGGUAAAAGGGCAGCCUACACGGUGUACGGCGUCGAGUGUAAGCUAGCUGUGGAUGACGAUAAGACCAGGAACAUCGACAUGGUGCCCAAAGGAACCAGAUGUGGACCAAAUAAGGUUUGCCUCGACAGCAGAUGUGUGGAUUUAUCCGUUUACGGGAGGAAGGAAGAUUGUGCAAAGAAAUGCAACAACAACGGAGUGUGUAACCAUAAGAAGGAGUGCCACUGUGAUCCCGGCUGGGCUCCGCCAUACUGUGACGUCCAGUUCGCUGAUAUUCCUCCAGGUCAGAGCGGGGUGAUACCCGCUGUGUGUGCAGUCCUCUCCGUCCUCCUGGUGAUGACUGUCGUGACUGCAGGGCUGAUGUGCUGCAGAAAGAACAGAAUGGACAACUACACCUCCAAAAGGAAAGUGCAUUCGGCUCCGGACAAGCUGAACCCGAUGUUCCAGGAGCCGAGCGCCAAAGACAGACCUCAGAUCAGUCAGCCCACGUUCAUGGAGUCAACAGCGACACAAGCCUGCGCUCCUCUGAUGGUCACCGUGACCCCCAGCAGAGUCGCUCCACAGCCGCCAAAGAAAAUGUCUUCAGUGUCGUCGACCUCACAACCUGAGCAGACGAAACCUCAACCUCCGUCUAAACCUUUACCUCCUCUGAAUAAAACGCAGUAUAACGCAGUCAAACCCAGUCCUCCUCCUGUACCUCCGGUCAAGCCCAGCACUCCUCCUCCUCCUCCUCUACCCCCAGCGAAGCCACGAGUUCCGCGACUCACAUGAACCUCUCGUGAAGAGUCGAGUUCGACCACAGCAGAAGAGACGGAGCCUGUGGACAGAGAGCGAUCCUGUCCGGGAUCAGACAUCUGAGUCACCGAGACCAAACCGAGUCUUUAAAGACGUCCACGGCUUCAGCCGGAGCCCGCCGGCCUCAGCUGCUGUGGAAAGGAUUUUCGGGG